AUGGCCUGCUACAACCGCUGCCAGCCCUGCGGACCCACCCCGCUGGCCAACAGCUGCAACGAGCCCUGUGCCCUGCAAUGCCAGGACUCCCGUGUUGUCAUCAACCCUUCUCCUGUGCUGGUCACCCUGCCAGGACCCAUCAUGACCUCCUUCCCCCAGAACACCGCCGUCGGAUCCACCUCCUCGGCUGCUGUUGGCAGUGAACUCAGUGCCCAGGGACAGCCUAUCUCUGCAGGCUUUGGCUUCGGCCUUGGCUAUGGCCGUGGAUUUGGCUACGGGCUGGGAGGCCUGGGCUGCUAUGGCAGAAGAGGUGGCUACAUCUGCUAAGGGCCCUCAGCACCAUCCCUGACACCAUCAGCUUGGUGCUCUGGUAACAGGUCCUGCAAGCAUAGUAAUUUGCAUGAUGGUCGCCCUACUUGAACCUCCCACGGGUUCCCUUCUUCUCGCUGCUCCUGUCUAUUCAUUCUUUUGUGUCAAUAAAGUUUUCCUGCAGCAAAGCCUGA